CGAGGCUCGGCCGCUCGCCACAGUGCGCUGUUAUUGAAUCGAUCGACUGCUGUGCGUAUGGUAGCGUCGAGCAAUUAUAGAGGGGCCGAGGUUCCAUACAGCCAAAGACGAAGAGCAGAGUUUCGAGCAUCGGAGCGAGUUUUCGCAACUGCUGUCUGCGCUGCUAUUAGGGCCCGCAUAGCAUAUAGGUAAGAGAGAAAGAGCGCAAAAUCUCGGCGGCUGGAACUUGCUGUUCAAAGUUUCGGUACUUCCGGCCGUGGCGCGACAUCCUUCGUCUCUCUAGACAGUAGCAGCAGUGGCCCAACGGCCGUGUGGUGAUUGUGAACUGUGACUCUGACAACGCAGAGCCUCACGCGCACGUAUACGCAAGAUCACACACAUAGGAGUCGCAGACACACGCGCUACGCGCAGCUCUAGACUUGGCAUUAGAUUACUUGGGCAUACAUUUGUGUGUAUGUUAUUGUAAUACAAGCCGAGCAGCUCGUCGCUUCGAAAGGACACGGUAGUUGUAGCACUCGCCAGUCGCUAGUCCGACAUACAUUAGCUGCUCAACUCUCAAGUGUGCGCGCAAGUGUCGGCACUUGGCAGUGUUCCUUCUGAUCUUCAAACAGAAGAUAACAAUACAGUCCGAGCAUUUAACCUUUGACCAAAGCUACAUUCCGACGACGAUUUGGCUUCACUGGCUUGAAGUCCAACGUGGUCCCUGCAACGUACAAUUACUUAGUUGUUAAGUAUUACUGCUAGAUUAUCGAGUGAACAUAGUGUUUUAAGUAUAACGUCAUGAGUCCAUUGAAUAACGGUGCGAUGAGGAUGCCACCUCAAGUGAUGAGGCCACCGGUGAUACCGCGUUUCGGUCGGGCACCACCGCCGCCUCCACCUCCACCAGGUAUGAACAGUAGACCGGGUAUGCUACCGCCACCGAUGCCACGAUUUGUUCCUAACCGUGGAAGACCGAUGCCGCCCCCGGGACGGUCAGGCAUGAUGGUUGGACCGCCGCCACCGAAUAUGUACGGUCCACCACCGCAGAUGCCGCCGAUGUGUCGACCCAUGCCCGGUCAUAUUCCACCGCCGCCACCGAUGAUGCGAGGCCCCAUGGGGUUGCGAGCACCGAUGCCCAUGCGACCACCGAGGGGCAUGAUGCCGCCUCACGUAUUACCACACAUGAGACCACGCUACCCUCCGAACAACGCCAACGGCAAACCCAAACAGAAUGGAAACGGACCCAACAACAACAACAAAAAGAAUCACAAAUUCGAGGUAAAAGAACUGGAAAUGAAAAAACCCUGGAUGACGGAUGAAAUUCGUAGUGAAAUCCAGAAAAAAAAUAAACUCUAUGCCAAAGCUAAAAAGAAUAAGGAUGCCAAGGAGUGGGAAGAGUUCAAAGAUCUCAGGAACAAAGUAACACGAAUGAUUCGUGAUGCCAAAAAUGAAUAUCUUUCCAAACAUCCUGAACAGGCACACCUGUACGAAAAUGAUGAAGAAUACGGAGCCCACAAUUCAGAAGUAAUGCCCGAUACUAGCGAUUCAGAAGAUGAUACAGAGACUCAAAUGCAGCCAGAUGAAGGAUCGGAACAGAAGUUUUCGCAGUCAAGUAGAGAAGAAAAUUUAUUCUGUGAAGUUUGUGACCGCGAUUUCAAUAAUGCAGCACAAAUGAGGAAACACUUAAACGAGCAUCAGACUUGUGGAAUCGAUGGAUGUGAUUUCCGUGCACACCCGAAGCUGGUUGAAAAACAUAUUAGUAUGCAACAUGCUACUGGCCUAUACCAACGAAUGAAGAGCAUCAUUGUUGACAAAGAUGUUGAAAAGUGGAUAGCCGAAAGAAAAAAAAACAGGUAUAAGUUCCCUACUGAGUCGAACAUUCAGGAGAAAGAAGCUGAAAAAUUGGAAAAGAAAAAUCGUGGAGAAGUAAUCGAACUAUCAAAUCAUAAAAAAAGUCAUGAAAAAAAACAACCAAAUAAAAACCCAAACCUUCAAAAAAGACAAAGAAAACGAAAUCGAAAACCAAGAGAUGAAUUUCAACUUCCAAAAAUUAUAGAAGCAGAACGUUAUCGCGGUUUACUUCCAUUUGCUGGAAUCAAUAUGUUGGACGAUAGUAGUCAUGAUGCAGAAACUUAUGAACAUGACUCGACCGAAAAAAAUAUUGAUGAAAUUGAAUCUCCAGUUACAGACCAACUAGAAAAUGAACAAUUUCGUGUAUCUGACGACGAUGAUGAAGUUGUUCCCGCAAAAAUAAUAAAACUUACAGAAGUCCCGAAAAUUUCAGAGAACGUUGUGAUAGAAAAACCUAAAGUGACAAAAUCUCUCGGAUUGGUUGCUGACUAUGGUACUGAAUCCGAUGACGAUGAAUUACCUGAAGAAGUGCCUAUAGUAAAAUUAAAUAUUGAAAAUGAAAUAUCGCACAUAUCUGAGUCUGAAAAUAAAGUUAUUGGUGUAAUACAAAAAAAUGAUGAUAGUGCCUUGGAGGAACUCAGUACUUCUCCAAACGUUUCAACCAAAAAUAACUCGUCAAAGAAUAGUAAUGCAUCUGAGGAAGUUACACAGCCAAAAUCGAACGAAAAGUCUUAUCAGAAAAAAGAAACUAAAAAUUCAAAUUUUAAAAACCAUAAGGCCAAUGAUUCUGAAUAUAGCAAUGGUCGAUUAAGGUUAUUAAAUAGACUGCUACAAAGUGAAAUACAGCACGAAAGAAAUUUAAUUUUCCAAUGUAUAACAUUCAUAGCUAACAAUAACUUUUUUGAAUAAAUUUGUUUUAUUUCUGAAAUUUAGUUGUACACUUAUGCCAAGUGUUAAGUUUGAAUGUAUGUACAAAAACAUGCCUUUUGUAGUAAUGAUUUUAAUGUUAAAUUAAAAUCCAAUUCUUAAAAAGUCAAAUCUGUGAUCAAUAUAGGUAGAAAUCAAGCUAAUAAAUUGUUAUAGAGUAAUUGUUUCUUGAAGAGUUUUCUAGUGUUAAUAAGUAAUACAUUUAGUUUUGUUUGUAAAACUUUAUCUACUAUGAGAAAAAAACUUUUUUAACGUUUCUGACAUUGAUAAAAAUAAAUCAA